GGUGGUAGUGUGGGUGGGGUGGUGGGGAGAGAGGAUGUUUUUCGUAAUCGCCAGAGACUUUCCAGGCUGUCGACGAUAAUCGGCUUGACGAGAUUGUUCUGUGAAAACUGCCAGAACCCCCUUUCGCAGACCUCCGCAAUUUCCCUCAAAGUGUUGUAGCACUCGCGUGUAAGAAGAGCAUGCGCAGUCCUUUCUCUAGUCGUCGCUAUAGCGAAGGUUAGAUAACUAUACAGCCCAUACUGCCCCCACCCCAUCCCCACAACUCCUCCACAAUAGUUCGGACUGCCCCCUCGUGCGGUGCUUGCGCCAGCAGUGACCCGGUCUGCUGACUCGAUUCCUGCGCAUAACAACAGUAAAGAAAGAAGAUACCCUGUCUUAAAUGACCCAGGCGGGUACUGUGGAUGGCCGGGGCACAGGUGCUGGGACUGUGAUAAAAGUGUUCUCCAGAAACUUCCUUAUGAGAGAUAGAGCCUCAGCAGGAAUCAAGAUAACAUUUUCUCCGCAAACUUCCUUUUUAAGAUAACACCUUGAUGAGUUUCUGUAACAUUCAGCGAUACUGCGGCUUCUCCGGAACAUUGCAGUCCGUUCUCAAGACCAAAGGUUCUUCACAAAAGAAGGAGCUACACUAUUCAAAGGAUCGUUGAGUGGAAGAUUGCGAUUUAAUGAGAGAAGUUCAAAACACAAUAUUUUUCCUCUUUGUUUCUCGCAAUGAGAACUCUGAUAUAAGAGAGAGAGCAAACCACAGAACAUUUCAGUCGUUCAGAACUAGCAAAGUAAAAGCUCACGUGACACUCCAGGCAGACGCCUGUCCGUGGUUCCCAGAACUUCAACAAGUUUCCGCUCCUCCAUGCUGGCAAAGUCUUCAGGGGUUGACGGAGGUCGAUACUUGCGUCCCUUUAGUAUUGGUGGCCCCUGCCUCCUGCUGUCGUGGCGUGGACCAUGAGCCCAGCAUGUCCACGGAGCUCAUCUCUGCGGCCAAGAACGGCUACCACUCUAAGGUCAUGGCGCUGUUGUCGGAGGGCGAGGUGGACGUCAACGGCCGCGACAAGGACCGGGCCACCGCCCUCUACUGGAGCGCCUGCCGAGGUAAUGCCGCCAUCUGCCGGGCACUCAUCAAGGCCGGAUGUGACGUCAACGCAUCCGUGAAGUGGGGGUCCACGGCACUGCACGCUGCCUCCGACCGCAACAACGUGGAGUGUCUCAAGGCACUGAUUGACAGUGGGGUGGACGUGGACAUGCAGAACGAAAGAGGCGACACCGCCCUCCACCUGGCGGCCUACCGUGGGUUUCGGGACAUCGUGGAGCACCUCCUGUCAGCCGGCGCCAAUCCAUUCUCCAAGAACUUGCAGAACAAGACGCCCCUCCAAGAGGCUCAGUCUCGCCAGCACGCUAGUACAGUCAGCAUCCUCCAGCUACGGAUGGAAGAACUAGGCUGCAUUCCUUUCAAAUCACUUCAGCAUCCUCAGUCGGGCACCGUUCAUGCUGACGACCGCCCUGGGCCCUCAGUACAAGCCAAGUCUUGGCCGCACUACCAAGUUCACCCACGAUUACUGGAAUCAGAAGUCAUUUAUAAGCACACCAAGCCCAUCGGAAUGAAUAACCUCUCGACCUGUCAACCUGCAAAAUCAUCGGAGACAGCCAUGCAGCUGGGUCAAGACAGAACUUUGUACAGACAAGGGGAGGUGCGUGGUCUCCGGGACUCUUCCACAGGGUUAAACGAUCUCAACUCGGGGGGCGACAUCUGUCUGUACACCCACAGUGAGCCCGAAGAAAGCGUCGACGACAGCGUCGAUGGCUGCAACAGCCACAAAAUGGCGGACAUUUAUGGUCAGCACAACAUACUGGGCAACCUUUCCGGCAAACCCAGCAGCCACAAGAUGCUGGACCACCAUGGGAAAAAUGGUGUUCGUCCCACCAACACUUUCGUGCAUGAUGGCCGCAGUGCAGGUAGUGACUGCGCAUGUCACCAAAACGGGUUCAUGGACACUAACGUCGAUCUCCUCCUCAACUGUGUUCCGACUUACCAUGGGCAGGUAACUCCUGCUUCCUCUCCUCUGCAAUGUGUCCGGUGCUCUUCCGGUGCUAGAACGUCCGUUAACGGGGUAUUCCUACCACCGCCGGAUAUAACGGUCCCCGGACAUGGUAUAUCAGUCCCUAGGAAUAGCUACCCGGCUAGCUCUAGGCAGUUGAACAUAGAUGACUUGGCCGUGUAUGCACAGUCUCUUCAGAUGGAGGUCGUCAGGCUGAGGGAGACUGUCACAAGCAAAGAUGCGGAGAUAGCAGACAUGAGGAAGAAACUAGCCGCUUUGGAAAAACAAAAUUGUGUAUUGCAACAGAUGGUAAAAAACGAGCAGGAAGCGUGCGGUAAGGUGAUAGCUUUCAAAGAAAGUGAAGUGUCUGAAUUCAAACGACGGACAGUUAACCUAGAAAACCUCAUCGCUACUCUAGAACACGCCAUCGACAGCAAAGAUGAAAUUACCCGGGAUGCGUUAGGAGUGAAAGAAAAUGAGAUCAAGGUGUUGAAACUUAAGCUCAGUUUUCUGGAGACCCAGGUGACGAAUCUGCAACAACUAGUCGUUAGUAAGGACGAAGCUGCUAAUAAAACUCUCUGUGAAAAGGACAAAGAACUGCAGGCUCUCCAAUGCAAACUCCAGGCUCUGGAAAAAGAGAACGCCAGAAUUCUAGACGAAUUCGGUAGCAGGUGUGAGGCCCCGUCGAAUGACCGGUCUAGUUGUGAUAUACACUCACCUGUAAACAUCGAUGUGAGUAGCCGUGAGAUGCAGACGUCAGGCGUGCGUGAGACGCAUCCUUGCUGCGCAGCAGUUCCGCAGCUGACGACCUCCCACUUUGCGGUCCUCUUCUCCGAGCUCCGGCGGCAGCACGACCGCCGUUGGGUGGACGCCUUCCUCGAGCCGUUGAAGACCAAGCUGGCGGCGUCGCUGCAGAAGGAGGAGGUGGUGGUCAGCAAGCUGGACGCCGACGGGAGAGAAUGGCGGCUGGACCGGGACUUCCGACUGCUGGACCCAAACCCCAUCAACUGUUCCGAUGAUGGUCAGAGGCGAGGGUCCUGCUCGCUGGUCUUCAGCAUCGAGCACAAAGGCAAUAGGUUCAUCCUCAAGAUGCUGGCGAACCUGAUCAACCUGCAGUUCGACAGCCACUCGCGAGGCCGCAGCCUGGAUGCCCACCUUCUGUACAGCUUUGGCACAGAGUUCCUUGUACCGCUACUACUCAACGGCCACCCCAACAUCGUGCGCGUGCGCCACCACUUCCAAGGGGACACCACCCACUUCCGCAGUUACCUCCCCUUGCUGGUGCCGCCCUCACUAGGGACGGUUCCCCGUGACAUGGCGCCGGGGCGGACAACUUCCUGGUCCAUGGACGGGAGAAAACCCCCAUGCGACCCUUCUUUUUUUGCCACCCAUAUUGCUUCACCGCACAUUCCAAAGGCGACCCAACCCGUCUUUCUCGACUGGCGGUUGCGCCCCCUGCUGGGAGACUUUGGCUUUGCCAGACCGUUUUGCACUUUUGAAGGGGAGACCAUUCCAUUUGAGGACGCCGCGCAAGUGUGUGCUGGAAACUCUCAUGCCUGGGCUCCAGAGCUGUCUCGCUUGAACCGCAAAGGACCUCAGUCACUGUCACAAUCCGUGACCCUUGACCACGUUUACGCCAAGACAGAUGCCUUUGCGGUGAGUCGCAUGAUGUUUCACUUGCUGCGCCCCAUCUGGGACGACCCCCACAGCGACAACUUCCCCGCCAGCACACAGCUCAACCCACACUACCAGGACCUGGACAUCCCCUCCCUGCUGCCUCCCUUCUCCCCCGCUCUGUGUCACACGUUGGCUCUCAAGCAGCUAGGUGUGAAUGAUCCCCGCCCCACAGGGGACGAGCGCCAGGGCAGGGGCCCCCCUUCCCACCAAGGGGUACCCUGA